AUUUUCUAUUUGAAAUUAUCACUUCAUUUAGCUCACACAUAAUUUGAUCAAACCCCCUUUCCUUUCUUAGUUUUUCUUUUCUUCUGUUUGUGUUGAUUUCUUUCCCAAAUUUAGGGCUCAUGUUCGAUGUUCGCUUCGUCUUGGGAUUUGGAUCUUCCAUGUGUUUCCAGGGGUCCAGUCUGGGGAAAUUUCGUUACUGGCCCUGCUCCCGCUACUUUAGUAUCCGUACAAGGCCGUUAUAUCAUGAGAGCACUGACAAUAUCUGCUUCUCCCAACCAAACCAUUCUACGAUAUAUAACCCAGUCUGUCUCAAGGCCCCUUGCUCUUUAUUUUUUGUAUCCUGCCUGUCGGCUUGUUCUCACAGUACUCUGGUUCCAAUGCUUAUAUAACUACCUAGGUAAUAAACCUCACAGUCUCCCUGUCUGCAAACGUCUGUGCCCUUCACAGCAUCGGGGAACACAAGGUCCACGGGCAGCUACUUGCGAAUCAAAUAACUACAUCGUGAGUUGAAGUGGGUUCGUUGGGCAAUGGGCUCCUUACUACACAGACAGCACGAACUGAGUGAACUGAUGAAGCCUUAAGCUGUCUUGCUUGGUUCCCUUGGUCUCUCCUCUGCUGUUGAAGGGAUUAGUCAGGCUUUCAGCUUCUGCUUUGUGCUCUGGAGAGACGUCACAAUGCCAGUGGAG